UAAAGGUGGAGAACGACAGGGCGCAAACACAGAGUUCUCUCUGCGCGGUGGAGCCUGUGCACGCAAAUUGUGAUAAUAGUUUUUUUUUCCCUCUUAAAUAAAUAAUCAAAUUUUGUUACCGCCACUCGGGAGAGAAGAGUAAUCCGAUCUCUGUACCACGCGGGACACACGCAUUCGUAACCAUGAGGACGUACUACGUGAUAGCUGCCAUUCUGAUCGCCGGCACAACCGCCCAAGAAUCGUUCAAAUGCCCAGACGAUUUUGGUUUCUAUCCUCAUCAUAUAUCCUGCGACAAAUAUUGGAAAUGCGAUAACAACGUCGCGGAAUUGAAAACUUGCGGCAACGGACUCGCCUUCGACGCAAGCGACAGCAAGUUCCUCACUGAAAAUUGCGACUACCUCCACAACGUAGAUUGCGGAGACAGGACACAGCUCGAACCAGCGAUUAGCACGCCGCAUUGUCCUCGCCUCUACGGUAUCUUCGCCGACGAAAAGAAAUGCGACGUAUUCUGGAAUUGCUGGAACGGAGAGGCUUCCAGAUACCAGUGCAGUCCUGGACUCGCUUACGACCGUGAAGCCAGAGUCUGUAUGUGGGCCGAUCAAGUACCUGAAUGCAAGAACGAAGAGGUCGCAGGAGGUUUCACGUGUCCGGCCGCGGGCGAAGUGAGCGGAGCAUCCGGCAGCUUCAGCAGACACGCCCAUCCUGAGGACUGCAGAAAAUAUUACAUAUGUCUGGAAGGUAUCGCUAGGGAAUACGGUUGCCCGAUCGGAACUGUCUUCAAGAUCGGCGACGCCGAUGGCAGCGGUGCCUGCGAAGACCCCGAAGACGUCCCUGGAUGUGAGGAUUACUACGGUGACCUGGAUCUAAAGAGCAUCAGGAAGAGCGAGCUGCUUGCCGGAAUUCAAAAUUCAGGCGAGACCAGGAAGCCUCCUCAAGGCAAACCAAGGCCCCCAUCGGCACCUGCGAGGCCCAACGCACCCCUUCAAGAAUAAUUUCUAAUCUAUCUCCCCUCUCUUGAUUCCCCCAUCUGGUUCCUCUCAUCUUCUUUCCUCUCCUCUCCUCUCCUCCUUUCUUCACCUCUUUCACGUUUCACCAUUCUUCAAAUACCCUUACCAGAACUCUCCUUCGCCUACUUUUCUAUUACACCACACAUAUGCAGAAACAAUGAUACACGCGUAUACAGACAUAAACACACCUAGCCGAGCAGAACAAUCUCGAACGAACGAUCCUGAUGUUCGAUAUUUCGAAAUAUAU